AUGCGUGGGGAGUUGGGAGCGUGGAAUGAGAUGGGAAGAGAGAUAUAUGGCUACAUGGCGAUGGUCAUUCUACUCAAACAAGCUACCCCUCGGCCCACACUCACACCCCUGAAAAAACCUCUCCAGGUCCUCAAAUCCAUUAAAUCCCUCACGCCCCACGAAAAUAUCUACACCAUCCCCAACAUCCUCACCUUUUCCCGUCUCAUCGCCGCGCCCAUCUGCGGAUACCUUGUUUUGCACGAUCAACAUGCGUGGGCCGUUGCACUUUUUGCUUACGCGGGAGUUACGGAUUUCGUAGAUGGAUGGAUUGCGAGGAAAUGGAAUUUGCAGACGGUGGUGGGAACGAUUAUUGAUCCCAUGGCGGAUAAGACGUUGAUGACCGUUUUGACGGUUUGUUUGGCGAUUAAGGGGGGGUUGCCGGUCUGGCUCGCAAUCAUAAUUCUGGGCCGCGAUAUCGCACUCGCCAUCUCCGCCAUCUACUGGCGAUGGAUUUCCCUCCCUCCCCCCAAAUCAUUUUCUCGUUAUUGGGAUUUCUCACUCCCGUCGGCGGAGGUGCAUCCGACUACUAUUAGUAAAUAUAACACAGCACUGCAACUGGGGUUAAUUGGGGCGACGACGGCGUUGCCGUUGAUCAGUUGGGAUGUGGGAAUUGCCAUGACGGGAUUUCAAUACCUAGUAGCUACAACCACCAUUUGGAGCGGAUUGAGCUACAUCUACACCAAAGACGCAGUCAAAAUCAUUGGUCAAACAGAUUCUGCAAAGAAGGGGAAGCAGCCAGAUCAGAAACAGGAAGCGGAAUCGGAAUCUAGAAAAAGAUAG